UACAUGGCAACAAAAUUUGUGUACCAAAUGUAGGGUUGAAUUGAAGAAGAAACCCCUAUAUUCAUGUUAGGCCACAUACUCCUUAAAAGAAAAUCCAAACUUCAUGGCUUAUCAUACAAACAUAAAAUACAGACAAUAACUAUAAAUAGCCUUGUGUGAGAAAGGGUAAUCCUUCACGAGAACACAAUUAUAAAAACACAGAAUAAAUAUUACAAGAGAAUAAUUAUUAGAAAGUUAUUGCAUUAAAAAAUGGCAUCCACCCAGAAGUUGGUAGCUAUAUUGGUAUUGUGUGUCCUCGUCCUCUCCGCCGUGCAUCUUGACAAGGCGGAAGGUGCAUCUGAGGUCUACAAGCAGUGCUUUGACAAGUGCCAAAAUGAUUGCAUGAAGGAAGGCCGAGGCUACACCGAUUGCGAGAUGAAAUGUGACACCGAGUGUUCCGCUAUCGAGCGUAAAGCUAAUCUUCAAUCAUUGGAGGGUUGAAGGGUCAUCUUAUAUCUGGACGGAGCAAGAAAACCUCAUGAAUGAUCUAUCAUAAAACAAUGUAGGGUAUGAUUAAUAAUAAAGGCAUAGGAAGAGA